AUGUCGUACACAGCCCCGCCACAGCGCGUCACUUUCGACGGCUUUCUUUUUGACAUGGACGGCACCAUCAUUGACUCAACAGAGGCCGUUGUAAAGCACUGGCAGACAGUGGGCAGUGAGAUAGGAGUUGCACCCGAGGUCAUCCUCGAGACGUCUCACGGCCGUCGGAGCAUCGACAUCUUGAAGAUUCUGGCCCCUGAAAAAGCAAACUUGGAAUACACUCGCGAGAUGGAGGGCCGCCUUCCGAAACUGUACGGCAAGGACGCCGUCGAGAUCCCCGGAGCGAGGGCGCUCCUGGCCGCCCUGAUCAAGGAGAAGGCUCCCUGGGCCAUCGUUACGUCAGGAACCGAGCCCCUCGUCGGCGGCUGGCUCGAAGUCCUGGGUUUGCCACAGCCCGAGCACCUCGUCACGGCGGAAUCCGUCGAGAACGGCAAGCCCGACCCGACCUGUUACCUGAUAGGCCGUGAGAAGAUCGGUUUGCAAGACCCAUCCAAACAGGUCCUGGUCUUCGAGGACAGCCCGGCAGGCAUCAAGUCCGGCAAAGCGGCCGGAUGCAAGGUGCUGGGACUUGUCACAAGCCACACCGUUGAACAGGUUGUGAGCGCCGAGCCGGACUGGAUCGUCCAAGACCUGGAUUCAGUCAAGGUCGUCGAAGUCAAAGGGGGGGCCAUCACCUUGGAGUUCUCCAACGCCCUGGUCCCGAAGUCUAUCGCCUGA